AUGCCUAUCCCAAUUCCUCCCGCCCUCGACGGGACCACCCAGUCCUCCCUCGGCACCGAGAACAACCCUACCACCUCGUCCACCAACACCACAAACCCAAGCUUCUCCUCGUCAACCCCCUCGCAAUCCGACAACGACAGACCACUGAGCAAAGAGGAAGCCGACCGGUUAUACGAAGAGCGAAUGGAGGAGGAAGCCACGCAGACCAUCACUAUCCCGGAUAUCCAGAUUCCUACAUCCGUCGAGUCUGUGCUCAGGACCGCACUCCCAACAUUCUAUCUUUCCCAGAUAGCUGACCCAUCAGCCCGGGCGUCGAUCGUUAGCGAGAUAAGAGACGGUCUCCGCCCCGAGUGGUAUAGCACUCUGCCUGCGGACGUGAAGCACUUCUUCUCCACGGCAUACACGGCCGCUGGUGUGUGUCAUGCGAAAUCCCGUGGUGGUGUACCUGCUCCUGCACCGACUGGACUGGGGCCUGGGGUGAUGGGUGUCGCUGCAGUGAUGGGCGUGAUGAACGCUCUUUGA